AUGUCUUCAAAACCAAAGCCACAAUGGCUCUUCUACGCCAUCGCAUCCGGUGGUUGCGCAGCACUCAAUGGCGUCUUCGCCAAACUCACAACAACGCAAUUGACUACGACAUGGGCAACCGGAAUCUCGCAUCUCUUCGGCUUGAAAGAAGCAAGUGUCGUUGUAGAAGGUCUUGUUCGAGGCUUCUUCUUCCUCAUGAAUCUCGCCUUCAACGCGGUCAUGUGGGGACUCUUUACACGCGCUCUGACCCUCGCCACAAGCACGGUCCGAGUCAGCGUGAUUAACACAAGUGCAAACUUCAUGUUGACCGCUGUAUUGGGAGCGAUGAUCUUUCGCGAGGAAUUGCCAGGACUAUGGUGGCUCGGCGCAGCACUGCUCGUCACAGGAUCCGUCAUCAUCGGACGGAGAGAGGAAGGCAAAGAAGUCGGUGCAGCUGGAACGGCUGGUGCAGAGCCUAGUGUUCUGGCCAACGAUGGGGAUACGGACUACACGGAUGAGCCAGAUGCUCCGCCGCCCAGUGUGGGUAGAGACCUUUCGAAUGGGAGACGGCAAGGAGCUUACGACGAGAGUAGCAACGACUUCGAGUUGAUGGGUCCCAAGGCGGGUCAGCUCGGCGAAGACGAGGUAAAUAGGUAA